UUGCGUGUCCUUGACGCAACAACAAUCCCCGUCAAUACAGCUCAAAUCUGUUUAUCGCCGAGUGGAUAUUUUGCUAGCCUGAUAAUUUCUCCCGAACAGUGCCGGAUUUGGGUUAUUAUGGCGUCUUUGGGGGAACCUGUUCGACUGGAAAGAGACAUUUCUCGAGCCAUUGAAUUGCUUGACAAGCUCCAGAGGACAGGGGAAGUGCCUCCACAGAAACUGCAGGCACUGCAAAGGGUCUUGCAGAGCGAGUUCUGUAAUGCUGUGCGAGAGGUGUAUGAACAUGUGUAUGAGACAGUGGACAUUAACAGUAGCCCAGAAGUCAGGGCAAAUGCCACAGCCAAGGCCACUGUUGCAGCGUUUGCGGCCAGUGAGGGGCACUCACACCCUCGCGUGGUGGAGCUGCCUAAGACAGAGGAAGGACUUGGCUUCAAUAUAAUGGGAGGGAAGGAACAGAACUCUCCUAUUUACAUCUCACGCAUCAUUCCUGGUGGAAUCGCCGACCGCCACGGGGGCCUCAAGAGAGGCGACCAGCUUCUUUCUGUCAAUGGGGUGAGUGUGGAGGGGGAGCACCAUGAGAAAGCUGUGGAGCUUCUCAAAGCUGCCCAGGGCACUGUGAAGCUGGUGGUCAGGUACACUCCUAAAGUCCUUGAGGAAAUGGAGUCCCGCUUUGAGAAGAUGAGGUCUGCAAAGCGCCGGCAACAGAACAGCUAUCCCCAAUAGUGUUUUUUCAUCACUGGCACACAAUUCCCUCAUCUUUCACCCUCUUCCAGCCAUCUGUCCCAGUCACAAUUUUAACCUUCUUCUAAAACUUAGCACACUAAGUUUUUAGUUUGGAUCCACAUACAGUGGGGCAAAAAAGUAUUUAGUCAGCCACCAAUUGUGCAAGUUCUCCCACUUAAAAAGAUGAGAGAGGCCUGUCAUUUUCAUCAUAGGUACACUUCAACUAUGACAGACAA